UUCUUACGAUAGCCUUCCGCUGUGUGACCUAGUGCUCGUAUUUAUCCUGCAGUUUGAAGAUUACUCGUUCCGAAGAUUGGAAGUAGGUGAUUUUCUUGUUCCAAAAACGACAAAAGGUCAAAUUCGCGUUUUUCCCUUGAACAGAAAACUCUCACAUAUCUGAAAGGCGUUUGAAAUCGGACACCGCUGGCGUUGAGGCCCUCACUUUUUGCGCGGACGGAUACGUUGUUACGUCUGACAAUGUGGACGGAGGUGGUGAAGAUGUCUACGAGAAGAAUGAAAUCAUCUCUGUAGUAACAACAAGAAAGGAAGACGCGAGAUUAGUUACUAUAACAGAAUUGUUUGUGCGUAGUCUUGUUACAUUGUAGCAAACACGUGGGCGCUACGUGGAGAAAAGGCAGACUUCUCGGGGACAAAAGAAAGACAUCCACUGUGCUCCAAUGCGUUUCGUGCACUGAGGUCGAAAUUCUCUUGAAGUUUUAUGUUUUUCCCCCCUUCGAGUCUCUGCUUUUCUUUUUUACUGUUGGAUAUCACACGCACGGAGAGGAGAGGGUUUGUUAGAGACUGAAGGGUAUGAGCGAACAGCAGCAAAGAAUGGCUGCAGUGGAAACUGACAAGGAACUCAGCGACCUCCUGGAUUUCAGCGCGAUGUUUGCGCCGCCAGUAGCCAAUGGGAAGAACAGGACAAUGACACUAGCCAGCACUCAUUUCUCUGGGCCAGCAAUAGAUGAGCGCAGUGGCUCUGGAUCCUGGGGCUCCACAGAACAGAACAGUCCCUCAUUCACCACCCAAGGACGGAGCUAUGGAGAGGGAUCCCAUUUCAGUGAACAUGAAGGCUUGUCCUCCCCAUUUAUUAGUUCAGGGAUUGCAGGUAAAAACGAGAGGCCACCAUACACUCCCUUCGUAAGCCAGCCUGGUUUAUUUCCAAGUGACAUAGCAAUGCCCAGUCCAGAUGCUUUGUCUCCCUCUGGCAUAAAGUCAGGCUCUCAGUUUUAUCCAUCAUAUCCCAACAACCCCCGGAGAAGGCCGCCUGAAGGAGGCUUAGAGACCCAGCCAAAGAAGAUUCGGAAACCCCCUGGCCUGCCGUCCUCGGUCUAUGCUUCUACAUCCGGAGAUGAGUUUGCCAGGGACAACGGAGGGUAUCCUGGUGCCAAACCUGGCGCCGUCUAUCCCGGCACUUUCUACAUGCAAGAAGACCCCUGGUCAUCUUCUGGCUAUUCUGGGAUGUUGGGUAACUCUCCUCACAUUGGUCAGCCAGGCUCUUUCCCAGCUAUCAACCCACAGGACAGAAUGAACUAUUCUCUGCCUGGCAGUGAAGUCAACGGCUUCCACUCUGCCCCCACCACCUACAACCACACAUCCACCAUUAAUGGAGAGGGCAUCAUGGCCACCCGAGGCACAACAGCAAGCAGUUCAGGAGAUGAGAUUGGGAAAGCUCUUGCUUCUAUUUACCCAUCGGACCACAACAGUAAUAAUUUCUCUUCGGCUCCUUCCACUCCUGGAUCUCCCCAGGCCAUCCCAGGAGCUCAGUCUCAGUGGCAAAGACCAACCACACCCAACUAUGAAGGGCAACCACACACACUGCAGAAUAAAAUGGAGGACCGCUUGGAAGAGGCCAUCCACGUGCUGCGUAGUCAUGCUGUGGGCCAGAGCCCAGCGUUAGAAGGCGCUCACUCUGACAUGCACAGCCUGCUGUCCUCAGUGCACAACGGGGGCCUUGGAGGCCUCUCCCCAGCUUUCCCCAAUGCCAGCCUUGCUCUCAGCAACAGACAUCCUGCUUUGCAGGGAGGGAAGCAUGAGGAGCCCACAGGACUUCCUCCCAGCAGCACUCUCCUGCAUGGCCAUCACGCCACUGGACCCACGCCAUCCGUUGGCCAACCAGAAGGCUUCACUAGUCUCCCUGGAGGUUUGGCCCGGUCAGCUCACUCUUCCAGCAGCUCAGACAUCAAAAGAGAAGACAAAGAGGAUGAUGAAAACUCAUCUAUUGCAGACAAGUCGGAGGAGGAAAAGAAGGACUCCAAGGCAGCACGUAAUCGAACAAGAAAGGAGGCGUUGACCCUCCAGAUGCUCUCUGGCCUAUCAGACCAGAAAGAUGACAGUCAGGACAACGAGGACGACGAGGACGUUCCCCCUGAGGUGAAGAUGGAGCGGGAGAGGGAACGGCGAGUGGCCAACAACGCUCGGGAGCGUCUCAGAGUGCGGGACAUCAACGAGGCUUUCAAGGAGCUCGGGAGGAUGUGCCAGCUGCACCUCAGCCACGACAAACCUCAGACCAAACUCCUCAUCCUCCAUCAAGCGGUCAACGUCAUCCUCAAUUUAGAACAACAAGUCAGAGAGCGCAACCUUAAUCCCAAGGCGGCGUGUUUAAAAAGGCGCGAGGAGGAGAAGGUUUCCGGGGUGGUGGGGGAGGCACCCAUGCAGCUCCCAGGAGGCCACCCAAGCAUGGGAGGAGAUGGACACAAUCCAGUUGGCCACAUGUAACUCCAGAUCUGGUGUUUUCCUGGCUCUCAAAGGAUGUGGCCUUAACAGAUUUCUUCCACCCAUUAUUCUCAGUGUGUGUGUGUGCGUGUAUAUAUGUGGACAUGUCCGUGUAUUGUCCGUUCGAGUUUCAAGAUGCACAUUGACACACUCACAUGCAUACUGCCAAAACUGACACAAUCUGUUUUUCGCACUCCCAGCCAUGACUACAAGCUCAAAUGUGAAGAACUUUUUUUUUUUUUUUUAGUUUUGGUUUGUUUUAUACAUGUAAGAUUUUUAUUUUCUUUUUUUUUGGUUUCCAACACGAUAAUUGAACACCAGAGUACUUUUUGUCCUUUCAACACUUUGGGACUACACACACUGCCAAGAGGUGCUCUGGUGGAGGAAUAAAAAGGAGACCUAUACAAACACAAAUUAAAUCAAGAAUUUGUGCCUAAUUGUUACAUGUUUUCUAUUUGACAUUAAGGCAAAUUGCUUUACAUGUGAGGAACAUUUGUGAGGGAUUGCUUAUGUGUAUGAGCAGUUAUUUUUUUAAAUGUAUGUCAUUCCCAGCGUGAUGGUACAGUCUUACAUAUGUUAUGUAACUCACAGCUGGAGUUGAACUGUCAAAAUUCAGUGACUUUUCCUCGAGCGCGUGGAAAGUGGCGGAGAGUCGGCCCCCCGAUGUUUUUGACAUUUCAAGUGCAGCUUACCUGAAAGAUGGGAACGCCAACCAGACGUGGUCUCAGACCCCCUCCACCCCCCCCCCCCCCGUGAGGCAUCUGGAGGCUUGGAAUCAAAGACUUCUUCCUAGAAAGUUAUGAUUUGUCCAAGUGAAAGAGUCGGUCAACAAAACAAAACAAAACAAAAAACAGUUCUUCCGCUUUUGUUGACCAGGCGUUCUCGCGUUUCUCCAGCAAGCCCUCCGUCACGCAUUCAGGUUUUUGUCCUGCUUUGUGUUGUAAAGCAUACACGGACGAGACGAAGCACAGUUGUACAGAUUUAGGCUUGACCUGCGUCACAUUUCAGUCCCUGAAAGUCUUGUAUUAAAGCCAUCAAAAUCAUCUGAGCGACCAGCACCACUUUUUGUGCUGCUCCUUCCUCGACAUGGUUUACUGACGGUUCCAGCGGACUCGAGUCUUUCCCACCCCCCCUUCUUUUAUUCAUGUACUUUAAAAGGCAAACAAAUCCAGGAGGGAUCUUUUUUCUUCUCUCAGUCGAAGCAGACGAGCCUUUUGUGUAAUUCCUAAACGAGCAUUCCCGCUGAAUUACGAACCCUUCACCUUCCUCCCGACCGUCAGCGUGUUCUCCCCUUUCUUACUGAGAGAAGUGUGACCUGUAAAUUCACUUCAUACAUUAUUCUGUUUCAUUUUUCAAAAGUAAAUAUAUAUAAAAAUAUAUAUUUUUUGUUAGUCUAUACAUUGUAGAUUUUUUACAUAAAUGGCAAUAUUAGUUUGAAGUUUAGAGUGUAUUGUAGAUGAGCUGUAUAAGGGGAUAUUUAACAUUUAAAUGAUGUUCAAAUUUUAAUUUGAAAUUAAACUGGGAUGCCAGGAAAAGGAUUGACAAGAUGAUCAAUGAGCGUGUUUGUAAAUCCUUUUAUUGUCCCAGUUUUAGUUCAAAGGCACAUCAAUAACUACUAAGUUGAAUGCCUUCUUUUCCAUUUGGGCAUAUCUGGACAGAGUUUGUGCCACAGUCAUGUGACAAAACAUCAGAAGGGAUUUUUCUUUUUUCUCGUCUCCAACAGUAAUUAUGCAACUGGUUUUUGAAUGUAGCUACCAUGCUAAAUGUGGAUUUGCCUUCAUUUUCAAAGUUGUUUCUGGGUUUUGUUAGCACAUUGUAAUUUCUUUUCACUUUUUUUUUUUUUAAAUGUCUGCCCUUAAACCAAGUAAGUCUGUGUCUAAAGGCAGAUGUCUGGAUUUGGGUGUAAGGUAAUGGAUAUUAUUGAGAACAAAACAGUGUUAUUGUGAUGUUAUUCCCAUGUCAUGUUAAUUAUUUCUUUCUUUUUUUACCAACAUGUAAUCACAAGUGGGAGGUAGAACAUUUUGUGUGUUUCAUUUCUACAAAAAAAGGAAAAAAAAUAUGAAGAAAAAGACAUAUACAAAUCAAUAGUGUGGCCUUUUCAUUCUCAAGACUUAAGAUGUCACGAUGGGAGAGUGAUGCCUUAUCAGUGCCUGAACUUGUAUUUUUUUUUUUCCAUUUAAGACAGUUUUAUGUUGUGUACCAUAUCAUUUCAUUUAUCUUGGAGAUUAAAGAGGUACUUGUUCAUUCCCCCCCACCCCUAUCCUCCCUUUUCUCCAAAUACUUUUUUUCAAUUUUUGAGGAAGAAGUUUAAAUGGUAUAAAGAGAUUUUCUUUCAGUGUACCUAGUUAAAUAAAUAAAUGUUAAGCAGAUCUUGUUUAGUUUUUCUUUUUCUCUGCUGUCUGUUCAACUGGAUUACAUUGUCCAACCUGCUGUUUUCAUUAAGGUCACUGGUCCAGGUUAAUAGGUACCCUGUAAUUACAAAAUUCACAUGACAAGGUUUUAAAAAAAAAAAGGAAAAAAAAAAAGACUGCAUCAUCCUCUGAUCCAUUAUCUGCAUAGACAUGUUUCGGGUGUGUUGCUUCGAUGUAGGGAGGGAGUUUUUGUUCCUGCAUUAGCUGAAUCAUCUGAAUAGGAGUAUUUUAUAACUUGUUUGCAGUGGCUUUCAAUAUGUAUAAUCAGUAGUUAUCAUUGUUAUCAGACCUGAACUUAAUUUUCAGUUUGUUUUUUUGUGACUUUGACAUUGAGAUUUGUUUUUUUAUAUAUCAGAUUAAUUUUCACAAAAUCAGUAGGUGUACUGGAUAUCUGAAAUUUUUUCAAAGAAAAAUGUCUAAAUGUGGUUUAUAUUUGUCUCUAAAUGACGCACCUAAAUUUUGUAGUGGCACAAAUUUCACUCAUUUCUUCAGAAACUUAUAAAGUUUGGACUUCUCUCGACAAUAGCAAACACUGAUUUUAUAUCAAGCAAAACAUUUUCAGGUUUUUAAUUACAUUAUUUAGCUGAACUAUAAAGGGACGCGACCAAUGAGUGUUGAAUACAUUUACAGAGUUUGUAAUUCUGGGUUGAAGACAGUGUUGACUUCUUUCUGACUCGAUCACUCUUCUAUUUACAUACAAAUAGGUGAGAUUUGUCCUGUAUAUAACAUUAAUGUAGCAAUAAAUGUGCCAUUUUUAACAACAGAUUAUACCUUUUACAAUGUCUGGCUUUUGAAUAUUGUAUACAUAAAAAAAUAAAAGGAGUCUUUUUAAUAAAAGAA